AUGAGUCCACUGUGCUGGGGUUUGUGCCUAUGGCUAUGGUUGAUGUGCACUGGCGUGGAAUGCGUGCCGAAAAUUAAUCUAAGCUCAAGAGACCAAGACGACGCCAUAGCAGAUGUAGCUACAGUUACGAUGAAUUAUAUCGUUGAUGAUAACCUCAUUACUGAUGAUAAGAAGCAAGUGGAAGCCUGGUUAUCAUACGUCACGCAGAAGGCAAUGGUUGAUUUCCAAAAUGUUUUUCAAUUCACUCUUAAUCUCAGCUACACAAUCACAUACCUCGCGGACCGGAGUGACCUAAAUUCAAGGUUAGAACAAGUUGGAGGAUCCUAUCCUUGGCCGGAAGAAGCGAUUUCAACACUUACUGACUAUUUUAAGGGCAGGCCCCAUUCGGAUAUUAUUUGCCUCGUAACAAAGAAAAACAUUGACGACUGGUCUACUGUGAGACAUGGGUAUGGUUACUACGCCCAGGACACUCUCUGUGAAAACGGCUUACCAAUAUUGCUAGCGUACGCUACCGGCCAGGAAGGAUACUCAUCCCACAUGCUGCUCAGUAUUAUAAUAAACAGCAUAACCCCAGGUUUAGGAGAACAUGUGCUUAACAUCCCAUCAGAUAAACUUGAAGCCGUGAAGGACUACUUAAGAAAGUGCAAGAAUGGACGCGAAGACGGGUCAACACCCAUAUCUCCAAGUGAACCAGUUUCUCCACCACAACCACCCGCACCCCCGAAUGAGCCUGCACAGCCAGCGCCGCCAGAAGGACCUCCCACUGCUUCUCCCGAAGAUCCAGAAGCACCACCACAACCCCCACCUGGACCUCCGUCCCCACCCGGACCUGCGCCUCCACCAGAAGCUCCGGUGACAACUACAACAACUACCAAGGCCCCGAUUCCCGAUUACUGCUAA